UCUGGUUCACCGGGUGAGAACGGCUCCCCCGGCCCUAUGGGACCCCGUGGGCUGCCCGGAGAGAGAGGACGUCCCGGCCCCUCCGGCGCUGCGGGUGCUCGUGGCAAUGAUGGUCUCCCCGGCCCUGCUGGACCCCCUGGACCCGUCGGCCCCGCCGGAGCCCCCGGCUUCCCCGGAGCCCCCGGUUCGAAGGGUGAAGCUGGCCCCACUGGUGCACGGGGUCCCGAGGGUGCCCAAGGACCCCGCGGCGAAUCCGGCACCCCCGGCUCUCCUGGCCCCGCUGGCGCACCCGGUAACCCUGGGACUGACGGCAUCCCCGGUGCCAAGGGCUCAGCGGGCGCCCCAGGCAUUGCAGGCGCUCCAGGAUUCCCCGGCCCACGCGGCCCCCCCGGACCCCAAGGUGCCACCGGACCACUGGGACCUAAAGGACAGACGGGUGAACCCGGCAUCGCAGGCUUCAAGGGCGAGCAAGGACCGAAGGGCGAGACG